CAAUGGGCGGUGACGGGGCGGGGCUCCAGCAGACAGCAGGAAUUAGUGUUUUUGUAGAAGGGGGAUUGCAGUCUUCCAUCCAGUCCGGGUCAGUCUCAUUGUGUGAGCUUCCUGUACACCCAGAGAGGAGAAAUCUUCACCCAUCACACCUCUCCAUCCACAGCAAGGUGCCCACCGGGUGUGAGGUCUGUGCCAGGCCUUUUCCUGAAUGCAAAUCUACAUCAGCAGUCUGGCUAGAUCAGUCAUCCAACGAAUAUUGCCGACAUCCCUGACACAAUGGCAGACGAAGAUCUCAUGUUUAGGAUGGAGGGGCUGGAUAAUGGUCACAUUUUAAAGGAUUGCAAAGGUGACAGCGAUGAGGAGGACAAUUACUUCAUCUGCCCCAUCACAGAUGACUACUCAUCAUCACCCCAUGAUUCUAAGAAGAAAAAGACGCGCUUGUUUGGCAGUCUUCCAAAGGCAAACGACUAUGGAAGCAGUUCAUCGCCUAGAAACAGUUUCAGGAGUGACAAACACCACAAUAAUAAGCAUGGCUGCUUGACUGAGCGAGGUCGGGAGGCCUGGAGACAUGCCAUCCAGAAAGCCAAGCAGAUGCCUGACCCAUGGGCAGAGUUCCAUUUGGAAGACAUAGAAACGGAGCAUGCGACCCGACACAGAUACAACGCCGUGUCUGGCCAAUGGGUACAGGAUGAUGUCUUAAUCAAAAUGGCUUCUCAGGCAUUUGGCCGAGGUGCAAUGAGAGAAUGCUACCGGACGAAGAAGUUGUCUAAUUUCUCUCACAGUCAGCAGUGGAAAGGUGCUUAUAACUAUGUAUCCAAGCGGUACUUAGAGACUGUAGACAGAGAUGUCUAUUUUGAAGAUGUCCGACUUCAAAUGGAGGCCAAGCUAUGGGGGGAGGAGUACAACCGGCAUAAACCACCAAAGCAGGUGGACAUCGUGCAGAUGUGUAUCCUGGAGAUGAAAGACAGACCUGGAAAACCAUUGUUCCACCUUGAACAUUACAUUGAGGGCAAAUACAUCAAAUAUAACUCCAAUUCUGGAUAUGUCAAAGAUGACAAUAUUCGUCUCACCCCACAGGCUUUCAGUCACUUUACAUUUGAACGAUCAGGACAUCAGCUGAUUGUUGUUGAUAUUCAAGGAGUAGGAGAUUUAUACACAGAUCCUCAAAUCCACACAGAGAGCGGAACGGACUUUGGAGAUGGGAACUUAGGGGUACGAGGGAUGGCUUUGUUCUUUCAUUCACACGCAUGCAACAAAAUUUGCAAAAGCAUGGGGCUGACGCCAUUUGACCUCUCGCCAGAGGAAAAAUCGGUUCUGGAAAACAGCAGCAAGUUGUUGCAAUCUGCCCAGACAGUGGUACGUGGCAUAGAAGAGAGAUGUGGCAGCAGUCGGGUGAGGACUAUGUCAGGAAGCCGUCCACCACUCCUGUCUCGCCUCUCAGAGAACUCUAUGGAUGGCAACAUGAGUGAUCCAACAUUUGAUUCUCUGCCGAACUCCCCUUCCCCAGUCACCCCGCAGGGCCACAGAUUUGAUGUGCAUGGUUGGCCUAUUUUCAAUGAAGUUGAUAACCUGAUGCAUGAAGAUAAUAGCAGUCUGGAUAGCCACAGAGAUUCUGAAAAUGGUGGUGACAGCGGCUGUCCCAGUGAAAAGAGAAGUGAAUCUGAUGAAAUGGAGCAUCGAAUCCAUGCAAAUUAUAACCGGAGAAGAUUUGAAUCAGAGUCUGAGGAUAGCUUUGGCAAGAGCAAAUGUCUUUUAAAUAAAGUCUAUGCGAACCCUAAAAACAGCCCCCGGAAUAAACUGGUGACCCAGUUUCAUGCAGCUCAUAUACAUAUUCAUCGACCUUCCUGUGUUGCAGUUGAAAUGCAAAGGCUUAAUGCCCUUGAUCUUGAAAAGAAGAUUGGAAAGUCAAAUCUCGGAAAGGUUCACUUGGCUAUGGUGCGUUACCAUGAAGCAGGACGUUUCUGUGAGAAGGAUCAGGACUGGGAUCAGAAAUCUGCCAUAUAUCAUCUAGAACAUGCUGCUGAUUGUGGAGAACUGGAAGCCAUCAUUGGCCUUGGUCUCAUGUACUGUCAGCUGUCUCAUCAUAUCCUGACUGAAGUUUCUGUGCAGGACACAGAAGAAAACAGAACUAAGGGCUUUAACUAUUUAUUGAUGGCAGCAGAAGCUGGUGACCGUCCUUCUAUGAUACACAUUGCGCGAGCUUAUGACACGGGAAUUAAUCUUACAAAAUACAGGAUACAGGACUGGCAAGAAGCUCUGUUUUGGUACAAUUCUGCUCUGAACAUGACGGAUUAUGAUGAAGGAGGAGAAUAUGAUGGUACCCAAGAUGAACCCAAAUAUCUACUGCUGGCUAGAGAAGCUGAAAUGCUGCUUUCUGGGGGACAUAACUUGGAGAAAGACCCACAACGAUCAGGUGACUUGUACACAGAGGCUGCUGAAGCUGCAAUGGAGGCUAUGAAAGGAAGACUGGCAAAUCAGUACUACCAGAAGGCAGAGGAUGCUUGGGCAGCCAUGGAGGAGUGAUCUGCCCUACUCAGAGCAAAGACAAUGGCAGCUUUAGCUACUCAUCCAAUAAGGAGUUUAUUUUGUAGAUGUUACAAAAAAAUUUUUUCUUUCUGGAUCUCCUUCUUGAUUGUUUACACUGACCAAAAAAAAGAAAAAGAAAAAAAAAAGUGUAUUUUUGUUAGAUGUUGUACAGCGUAUACGAUAGUGUGCAGAUCCAACAGUAGAACCUGUGUGGAAUGACUGUUCCAGUGCAUACCUUAUGUGACAGUAAGUGAUACUGCUGUCUUCUGCUGCAUUGACAAAAUCAAAAGACCUCACAUAAUCUGACUGCUGUCCCAUUACACUCUGAGGUGUAUCACCAUCUCUCAGGAAUAAAGUUCCAGCCACAGUAUCAUCACUUGCUUCUAGCUAUAGUAUAGGGUUGAACUCCUUAAAUAUUCAUUCUAGUACUUGCUAAAUAUUCCAGCACUGAAAUUCCUGUGCCUGUGUUCCCAGCUCCACCCCUCUGCUGAGACCCAUUAAUGGAGAUGUGGAAGACUGAUUAGGCAGAAACAGCCAUACAAAAGGGAAGAGAAAAAACAGGAUUUAUUUUGCUGGAGUUACCUAGAGAAAUUUAGAAGCCAAAUUUCUAUUUUACCCAUUGACAAUUGCCCUUAUAGUGUAAAUGCCAGUUAUGGGUGGACUGACGCCUUUUAAGUAUUGCAAAUUUAUUAGACUUGUGAAGUUUUAAGGUUUCUUACUUUUGCCUCUCUUUCAG